CGCCGCCGCACGCGCCCCGCGCCCUCCCGCCGCACGCGCCUUCCCGCCACCAGCGCCUUCCCGCCACCGGCAGCCCGGCUGCGUUCUUUGGGGUCUUUAUUCUAUUUUUAAUUAUUACCUUAUUGUUAUUGUUUUUUAUCAUUACUAUUAUUAUUAAUUUCCUCCCGCCAUGCCCGCCGACACGGGCAUGGAGAAACCGACCGCUUCUCCCAUCGCGGGGGCACCGGCCAACGCGAGCCACACGCCGGAUAAACCGCGGAGCGCCAGCGAACACCGGAAGUCCUCCAAGCCCAUCAUGGAGAAGCGGCGCCGGGCGCGGAUCAAUGAGAGCCUGGGGCAGCUGAAGACCCUCAUCCUGGAUGCGCUGAAGAAGGAUAGCUCCCGACACUCCAAGCUGGAAAAGGCGGACAUCCUGGAGAUGACCGUCAAGCACCUCCGGAACCUCCAGCGGGCGCAGAUGACGGGUGAGUGCAACCUGCUCG